AUGAGCUCUACUGGACAAACCAAUGUGGGUGAUGAUGGAAACGAUGAUCAAAGUUCGUCCUCAUCGGAGACGACAACUCCCAGUCUAGUUCAAGAAUCCUCCAAAAUUGGUCCAGAUAAUAUAAAUACUAAAGAUAAUUCUAAUGAAAACCAGCAACAACAAACUGGAGCUUCUUCAUCAUCUGUUAGAGGAUUUCUCAACAAAUCUGUUAAACUUUUCAGCUCACGUGAUGAUGAUGAUAAGAAUAAAGAAAGUAUUAAAGUAUAUUUUCAUGUUCAUUUUCCAUCAAACAUUGAAAAUAGAGGUGAACCAGUUAUAUGUUUCUUUCCAGGACAAAAUGAAAAUAUAAUAAUGCCACUCAAACAACCACAUAAACGUAAUCAUUUACAUUCACAUACAACUUAUUGGGCAAUUGAAAUUCCAAUUCCAGUUACUCUUUUUAAUGAAAAAAAAGAAAUCAUAUAUAGAUAUGGUUUGUGUGUUCGUUACAAAGAUGAUGCUAAAGUUUUUAAUGAAGAGUUGGAUGAAUAUAGGAUUUUAAGAGCAAAAAGUGGAAAUUUGUAUGAUAUCGUUGGUAAAAUUAAUCUGCCAACUCGUUGUUAUUUCACUACUAUGAUCGAAGAUUUUCAAUUUUUGUAUAUCAUUGUUGAAUCAUUGAACUCCAAUAAUCUCAAGGAAAAACUUGAAGAGUAUCAAUUAAUCAGUAAAAAUUUUCCACUUACAACCAAAAAUUUCACAACCAUAAGAUACAUAGAUGAAGUCAUUAAAGAUAAUAAAUUAAGGGAAAAAAGAAUUUUUUGCCUUAUAUUAAUAGGUCAUUAUAUUAUCCAACGUCAGUUUGAAUUAUUUAGUGGUAAUCUAUUUUUACCUUCAAAUUUUGGAUCAAUUUUAUUACUUGAAGCAAUUGAAAAAAUUCAGCCGGACACUUUACCACCUGGACAUGAACAAGAAAUUACAUUGGCAGUAUCUGCCAUAUGUCGCCACUUGGCCAGCAUAAAUAGUUUUGCAUGGCUUAAAAUUUUUGCUUUAGCAGAUAUUGUUGACCCUAAUUAUAAUUUCUUAGAUGCUUUGGUUGAUAUUGAUUUAAAUGAUGAACAAAUGAAAAAAUUAUUUAAAUAUCUUCCUAAGCAAGUUUUAACUUAUGUUGAUAGAAUUGAAGAUGAUUUAAUUUAUUCUAAAGUUGCUCAGUGGCUGAUUGGAUUAUGCAACACAAUGGACACAUUAAUUACAAUGUGGAAUGACUUUAUUGAUCAUAAAAGAGAAAAAGAGGAAUUAAUAGUAUAUGCCUUCACUAAUUCAUUUCAAAGAACUAUUGCUUCUGACGGUCCAGUAGAUUUAUUGGAAGAUUAUGAAAAAGUUCCCAAUAAUUUGAAAGAAAUAUUGGCAGAACCAUUCCGUAAAAAAGUUUUAAGUUUAUUGAAUGCUCAAAUCAAUUGGACUGAAGUAUACAUAAAACCAAUUUCAAUGUUAUUUUUCAACAAGUUGCUAAAAUGGAAGAAAGCAGAUGUUAUCAAUUCACUAGAUUGUAUUUCUAAAUCAAAUCAUCCAAAAUUAUUAAUUUUCUUUACUAAAAUAUUGGAUCACUAUCUUAAAUAUUUUAAAGAUAAUGUAGAUGAAAUAGCUGAAGAGGAUGGUAAUGAAGAAGACGAAGAUGAAAAAAAUGAACUUUUUGAAAAAAAAGAGCUGAAAGAUGAAGAUAUCCCUUUUAUUUGUGGUCGGUGGUAUCAAAUGAGAUUGAGUAAGGUCAACGAAUCUUCUAAAGCUUAUGUUAAUGAGGAAUGGAAAAUUGUGCAUUCAAUAUUAUAUGAUUUUUCUUACAUUUUGCCAAUAAUUGAAAAUCAAAAUGAAAUUUACAAGAAAUUAUUCAUCUUUACCAUGGACAAAAUUAAAAAUUUUACUGAAGUUAGAGUGUUAAGUACUACUUCACAUAUCAAAGAAUUACAUCCAAAAAUUAUACAUAGAUUUGGUAUAAUGAUCAAAGAAAUGCUAAAUAACAUGAUAAAAAUCCCUGAUGUACAUCUUAUUACUAAAAUGUCUCAUGUUUGUGGAUGUUCUAAAGAUGAUUUGUUUAUACCUGAUAGUUUGUGUGAAGAAAUAUUAUGUCAUAUCUUAACUAAAUUGUGUGACCAUGUGAAAUUCUCAGAUCCAUUAGUAUUAUUGAAAUCAGCAAAGUUUUGGAUUACUGUAUUCAAUGCUAAGGGUUGUACAGAAAAGUUUUUAAACCAUUAUCUACUUCAAAAAGUUUUUAAAAAUAUUCAACACUUUAUAGGAUUAAUUACUAAUAAGAAUAUUAGCAUUGCACAGUUACAAGAACUUCUUAAAUAUGAUAAGGAUCUAGUUAAAAAUCUUUUUAAAAUCACUUCAACAAGCAAGAUUCCUGAUGAUUCAAAUGUGGAUGAUGAUUUUGCUAAUGAACUAAUUUACAACAAAGGGAUUGACCUAUUAGAAAGCCAAUGUAAUAAUUUUGAAUUGACAUUGAAUCAACUUGCCAUAUUUUAUGCAAAGUUUUGUCCAAUUGAAAAGGUCAAUAAUGUCCAAUCAUUUUUAAAUGACAUAAAAGAAAAAGCUAGAAAUUUGGAUCAAGUCAAAUUAAAGGAUGCUUUGAAGCCAAAAUAUUGGCACCUUCAUCAUCAAUCAUUAAAUUCUGCAAAAAAAUGUUAUAAAUUAGCAAAUUCACAAACUUUUAGAAAUGUUUUUGACAGAAUCAUGAAUGAAAAAGCAAAUGCAAAUAUAACAACUGAACAUGUUGCCAAAAGUUUAAUUCCACAAACUUUUAAUAAAUAUAAUGAACUAUGUAAAAAAUAUGCUGUUUGGGAGAAAUUGAAAUGCUCAGAAGGAUCUGUACUCUGGGAAAAUGUUGAAAAUGUUGAAAUGGAGUUGGAAUUGAUGGAUGAGUACGUAAAAGUAAAUCAUAAAGAAUUAUUAGUUACCACAUUAAAAUAUUUAUCUGGAGUUCCAAAGCAAAUUAGAAGAUUACAACAGUUAUCUGAUGUAGCUAUUAUAUUUAAAGUCAUUCACACCAAACAAGAUUGGUUAAGCAAAAUAUUGUUAUUGCUUAAAGGUGAUUAUUUAUGGCUAGGAAAAUUGAAUGAGUUUUAUGAGAUAAAUAAUAAACAUUUAUUAGGUCUGGAUGAUAAAUACUGGGAAUUGAUUGAACAAUUAUCUCGGGCAAGAGAAUUUGUUUCAUUCUUACAGUCAAUUGCUGAACAUGACAUUAAGAAUUUAAUUAAUGGUGUAGAAGAACAUUCAGAUGGAAGUCUUGUACAAGAAGAUACUGUCUCAUCUCUUAUCCAAGUCAAACAAUCCAUAUUACCAUUAAUGAAGAGCUCUCAAAACCUUACUUUGAAAGAUUUUAUCAAAGAAUUAUCUAGUAUUAGUAAAGCAAACCCUUCUUUGUCAAAGAAGGUUGAAUUGUGUAAUGGUCAUCAUAUGGAAUUAAAAAAUUUUUACAAUAAUAUUUCUAAUAAAGGUGAGGCCGCAAGAGCAAAAAUAAGUAAUGCAGUUAGAAAAGGCAUCUACACAUUUCAACGUAUUAAUGAUAAAGAUGAAGACAAAUGUUCUGUAACAAUGACUUAUCCAUCAAAAGUUAAAGUGAGUCCCACUUACACUCUCAAUGACUUGUAUGACUUACGUGGUAGAGCUUUACUAAUAGCAAAACCUUCUGCGUCAAUUGAUAUCAAUGAUAAAGAAAAAAUUAGUAAAGAUAUUAUAGAUAAAUUUGUUUCUCAAGUUGAUCUGGCUCAAGAAAUCAUCAACAUUGCUACAAAACUUAUUCAAAUGGGCCAUUUUGAUUAUAGAGAAUUUAAUGUUUCUAUUGUGGGGAAUCAGCCAUGGGAUAAAUUUGUUUUGAAAUUGAAAAAAGAUUUAGGACAAUGGCAUGAUAUUGUUAAUAGAUUACAGGAACAACAUUAUUAUCUAACAUUCUUUCCAGUUAGACAUAUUCUUAAAUUUUACGAUUAUUUUAUGAAUUAUAUUGACUUGGAAAAAAGAUAUGCCAAUAAACAAGAUGAAUUUGAAUUGUUUAAAAAAGCAAAUAGAGAAGAAUGUGAAACAUUAAUUAAAUUUGUUAAUAUUAAAGCUACAUUGCCUCCACCACCAUUACCAAACAAAAAAGAUACUUCAGAUAUUUCACAUCAACAUAAUGAUUAUUAUAAAAUGUUAUCUGAAAUUGGUUUGAAGCUAUUUAACAUUUUUGAGUCAAUUCAAAGAAGCCCUAGGGAAAUUAAAAUUCCAGUUGAAAGCAUUAUGUCAGAUGUUGUUCAACCUGGAAAAUUAUUUGUAGCUUCAUGUGAUGACAAAUUUUUAGUUCCUAAUAUUAUCAUUUCGUUAUAUGUCAACCACCAAUUUUAUCCUGAGCCUUGGCAAAUAUUAAUCUGUACACCAUCAACUACUAUGGAAGAAUUGUCCAUAUUUAUUAAAAGAUGUUUCUUUGCAUCCAAGAAUAAUUAUGAAUCAGAAGCAAAUGAUUAUUAUUUAGCAUUGAUUUGUUGUAAAAAAGAUGGGCUUCACCAUCACAUUUUGGACCAAUUUAGUCAGGAUGUACACACAACAAAAGGAUUAGGCACUGAAUCUAUGAAAUUAAUUUAUAAUGAAAUUUGUCAUAAUCAAGUGGUGGUUGUUUCUUCAGGAUUGUCAGGUCAAGGCAAAACUGAAUGGAUAAGACAAGAAAGUUUUAAGACAGGCAAAUUUAUAAAAAGCUUUCUAAUCAGUGAUGAGAUUGAUUUUUGUAAUCUUGUCAAGAAAUUUAGAAAAUUCAAAUUAAGAAAAGUUGACUCUUUACAUUUAAAUAUCAUUUCAUCUGAUUUUCCAUUAGAUGUUAAUAUAUUUUUAUUCCAGCUAUUAACAUUAGGAGUUGUAUCAAAUAAUAUGGAUAUUGCAUUAUUACCACUAACACCUGUUUUUAUUGAAGUUGCAUCAACUAUGGGACAAGAAUUGUUUAAUUCCUUGAAAUUUGUAAAUUAUCUACCAUCAAAAUUUUUGGUUUGGUCUAUCAAUCAAUUAAUAACGUCAGAGGAACUAACUUCACCAUUACAAAUUGUCUCUCUUUAUCUGGAUUAUUAUGAUAAAUCUUCAUUGGACAGAAAUGACUUAAUCUUAAAAGGAACAAAAUCAACUCAUUUAGUUCCAGUCACAGAGGCCAGGUGUCAAGAAUUAUUAACAAAAUAUUUAUUCAAAGACAAAAACACUGACAUAUUUUCAUUUAGAUUUAUUGAAAUAUUUGUUAAUGUUUUGGCUGAUCAGUUGGUUAGAUUGUCUUCAAGCUCCUUUUUCAAGGUUGAAAAUAUUAGAUUGAUGGUGAAUGACAAAUGUGGUGUUCGUACAACAUUGGUUCAGACUUUAAUUGAUGUAUCAAAAGAUUUUGCUACAAAAUCAAUCAAAACAAGAUCUGCUCAAACAAAGUCUCUUCAAAAUAAAGAGGAUGAAUUAAGUACAAUUGUGCAAUGGGAUGACUCAAACCAUUUAUUGGUAUUUUUUAUGUCACAAUUGCCUGAUUCAAUUUGUGCAUUAUACAGAGAUAAAACAAAAGUUCCAGAUAAUGUUAAAAAUUUGUUAAAAAGCCAAUGUAUUGGUGAUGAUGGUUCAAAUAAUUAUGUGUGGAGUUUAGAUGAUUAUCAUACCAUGUCAACUGAUGAAUUAUUAAAGAAAUUAGAGUGCUUGGCAAGAAAAACCAUGCAUUCAAUUCCAUAUCAUCCUUAUGCAUUAUCAGCAGACAACUUACUUAAAAUGGCUUUGAUUUUAUUAAGAGCAAGAGCAAAUAUUCCUGUCGUUGUAUGUGGAGAAGCUGGUUGUGGAAAGACAAGUUUAAUUGGAUUUUUAGCAAAAGUAGUUGAAGUUGAUUUUUUAGCAUUAAAUCUUCAUGCUGGAAUAUCUGAGCAAGCAAUAUUUGACUUUAUGGAUAAAGCAGAAAAUAUAGCAGAAAAAGGUGAAACCUGGAUAUUUUUUGAUGAAAUCAAUACGUGUAUACACAUUGGACUAUUAUCAGACUUAAUAGCUCACAGAAUGCUAUUUGGGGUGCCAAUUCAUGACAAUAUUAGACUUUUUGCUGCUUGUAAUCCCUAUAGGUUGAGAAAUAAAAAUAUUUCUCAAGUAGGCUUGAUUGCAAAAACUGAUGAAACCUAUGAAGAAAGAAGUAAACUUGUUUAUCAAGUCAAGCCAUUACCUUAUCAAAUAUUAGAUUAUGUAUGGGAUUAUGGUAUAUUAAAACCAAAUGACGAAUUGAAAUAUAUACAGAUCAUGGUAUCAAAUGCAUUAAAAGGAUUAGCAGAUAACAGACUUGCUCAAUUGUUGUUUGAGUCUCAAAAUUAUAUUAGACAUGUUGAAGAACCUUAUAGUGUAUCAUUACGUGAUGUAAAAAGGGCUAUCAAAUUAGUAAAAUUCUUUCAUACUUCAUUACAAAAUCGUCCUCCUGUAAGGAAACAUGGUCCCAAUUACCCUCCAAAUGGAUUUCCUGAUAUAAUUACAAGAUCUUAUGUAUUAGCAUUGGGGCUUUGUUAUCAAUCAAGGAUAUACGAUCAAAAAUUAAGAAAACAGUAUAGAAUAAAGAUGUGUGAAAUAUUUUAUGAAUUUAAAGUCCCAUUGAGUGAAGAAUCAUUUUUAAAAAUCAUUAGGGAUGAACAAGAAGAUUAUAUUUUCAGAAUGACAUGUCCACCUAAUACUGCCUUUAAUGAGGCAUUAUUAGAAAAUGUUUUAGUAAUGGUUGCUUGUAUAUUGUGUAAAAUCCCUGUAUUUAUAAUUGGAGCUCCUGGAUCUUCUAAAUCAUUGGCCAUCAGACUUGUAAGUCAAAAUCUUCGUGGAUCUGAUUCAAAUGAUGAAUAUUUCAGAACAUUACCACAAGUGUAUUUGAUUCCACAUCAAGGUUCAGCAUCUUCAACAUCAGAGGGCAUAGAUAAAGUGUUCCAGAAAGCCAAGAAAUACCAGGAUACUGGCUCAGAAGAUUUUCCUGUUAUUAAAGCACAAUUACUAAAGGUUUGUCCUGAUAUAAUUGAUAAAAUUAAAGAAAAAGAUAUUAUUGAUUUGAGAUUUGGAGAAUUCUUAAUGAAAAAUGUAUCAGAAACAAUGUUAGACAAACUUACAAUAGGAGAAUUGCCACAUUAUCACAUUGAAAGUUGGGUCUAUGAGGUUGACAAAAUCAUGCUAUUAAGUAAUAAUAUCAAAGGAGCAUCAACUUUACCAUUAUUUCAAGUUUUGAAAAUUUGUUAUGAUCUUAUACCAUCAAUAUCAAUUAAAGAUCUUCAAGAAAUUAUAAAUGCUGGCAAAAAUAGUAAUAAGAACAAUGAUAUUAUUUAUAGCAGUGAUAUUGGUAGUAGUAGUAUUAUUGGCAAUGACAAUAACAAGGAAUUACUUUCAAAUGAAUUCAUAGUCAAAACACUUGAAACAUUAAAGAAACUUCAACCUUAUGAAAAGAAUUUGGCUAUAUAUAAAUCUUUUAUAAUGAAAUGUUUGGAAAUUGUACCAUCUGAAUCCAAAGUUAGUCUUUAUCUUUAUGAUAGAAUUCUCUCACAACCAUUUCCACUGAUGGAACCAAUUGUAAGAUGCAUAUUUGCAAAUGAAAAAAAACAAUAUCCAAAUCUUUUCUUGGACAUUAUUGAAAAUCCCAGAAAAGUUUUAUCUAAAUCAGCAAAAAUAGCAGGCAUUAAUAAAUGUCUAGCUGAACUUGACUCACCAAUAUCAACAUUAUGUUGUGACGUUAUUCAACAAAAUUUUUUGAAUAAUUUGGAUGUGUAUAUGUCAUAUCAAAAAGCAAUAGAAUCAUUGUAUGGUAAUAAUAUGGAACCAUUACAAAUUAUAGUAUCAAUAGCUUUUCUCAAGUUAUUUGUAACAAAGUUAUGGGAUGCUAUUAUUAAAGAUAAUGAUUUAGUGAAAACUAGUAAUACUUUAUUUUUUGAUAUAGGAGAAUUUAAUGGACCUGAAGUAGUUAACACUUUAAACAAUAGUUUGAGUAGAGAUUACCCAUUGAUAAAAUCAUUUAAAUUUUAUUUCUUAAAAGAAUUACGUCAACGAGGAUUUUAUUUCAAUGAAAUCAAGGAUUUCUGUUUAGCAUUGAAUCAAAAUAGCGUGCAUUGGUUUUCUGAUCUAAAAUGGGAUCUGGAUCAUGUUGGUGUCUUGCCAUUUAAUCCAUAUUGGGUAUUGGAUGAUUAUCAUAUUAUUGAAAAGACCUUUAAAGCAGUAACUGAUAAUAAUACAGUACACUUUAAAAAAUAUUUAGAAAUACUCAAAAAUGAUUCAACUUUAACAUCACGUAUAGCCUUUUUUGGAUUUAUCUUUACAAGAUUACAAUUACCAAAAUCAGCUGGUGAAUUGAGACAUGUGGAAAGUGAAGUGAAUGAAAUUUUACAAAAAGGAUUUGAACUAAAUCAAGUAGAGCCAUUUUAUAAAAAAUUAGUGAAAAGUUUAAUAAAUAAUGAAAUUUAUAUUCUAAAAGUUGACCAACAAUUCAUAGGCAAUUUAGAAAUGAAAUCAGUUAUAGCACAUAUUAUAGGAUUGUACUCAUCUUUGCCAUCUAAGGCAUCAAGAUUAUCAGCCUAUUUACAUAAGCUAGAUCAGUGUAAUGAUGAGUUUAUUUUAUCUUGUCCACCUUACUUUGGUUAUACCACUACAUCUGAAACUGGUAUAUCAAGAUAUUCGUGUAAAUGUGGAUCUAAAUAUGUUGUUAAUGAGGAUGGAGGAACAAUUGUAGAAGGAACAUGUGUAGAGUGCAAGAAUAAAAUUGGAGGGGUUGAUUAUCAACCUAAAGAAGAAGAUAAAUUAAUUAAAAAACAACAAACAGCAGAAACAGAUGUGUCAUAUAGAGGAUAUGUUCCAGAAGUUCCUAAUAUCAGCAUAACCUACACUGUUAGAAAUGGCUUAUCACCAUCAUCAUAUCGUAUUUUACAUUUCAUGGUCAAUGUUGUGAUUGGAGCACACUUACCAUCAACAACAGCAAUCAACUUUAUUAAAAGACAUGGAGAUAUUCAAGAUCCUAUUGUAUACCUUUUACAACAUAUGGAAAAUGAUUGGAAUGUUUUGAUAAGAAUGUUGGAUCUUUCAGAUGAAGAACUUGCAUUAUUGUUCCAUGCAAUAUUGAAUAGUAUUAGUGAAAAACCUUAUGAAUUAUCACGUGGACCAAUUGAAAACCCAAGGCAAAGAGAAGACUGGGAAACAAGCUUUGCAAAGAAAUAUAUCAUACCAUUUACUAAAAAUGCUAUGGAAUCAACAACUCAAUUUAGGUUCCUAUUAGAUGAAUCAAUGAAUAAAGGCUCAUUUGAAAGUAAGAUUGUUGAAGAGGUUGAUCAAACAUCAUCAUCAAUGGAUAAGAAAUAUCAUAAAUCACAUCUACCUAAACUUUGGAGAUACAUUAGUGAAAGUAGUUUUGAUAAUUUUAGAGCAUAUUAUUGUGGAAUUUUAGAACAACCAGUCACAAAAUCAUAUCCAUUUUUAACAAUAUUUUUCAAGCACCAUAAGAAAUUGAAUAUGGUUAAACAUUUAUCAGCCAUUAUAAAAUUUGUGAAAAUCUUAUCAUCAAGAUUAGGUUAUCGAAUAACUAGAUUGACUGCUAAUAAUAUGUCCUUUAAAGAAUACAUGGUUUCUGAAACAAAAAGAAAUAUUGAACCACAAGAGCUUGAGAUGUUUAAAAACUUAUUCCGUGAUUUUUCAGCAUCAUGGAAUCAAGUGAUUAAAGAAGCUGCUAAAAAUGAUGACAAACAAUUGGUGAAUAUACCAGGAAUGAAUAUGGAGAAACCAAUAAUCUUUGGAUUAAUUGAUCCAAAAGAUGAUGGAUCAUUUGUACAUGGCAUUGUAAAAUAUCUUGUAGAGAUACAAAAUAGUUUUUUGAGAGAUGUUUUAACAAUACCAGUUGGAAAAUGUGAAUCUAUCAAGUUUUUACAAGAACCUAAAAAUUAUAAUGUAGCAAUGGAAAAGAUGAAUACCAAAAUGUAUUAUUAUUUACCAGAAGUUAAAUUGGACAAAUUUAAAGAAAAUAAUUUAAUCAAUUAUGAAUGGGAUGAUAAUUUGUUAAUGUAUAGUCAAAGAAGUUUGGCUGCUGGACAUGGACAAGAAAUUAUUUAUGAUUUGCAAAAAAUUGAAGAGGAACUUGCAAAAAGACUGGUUUAUGAGAAGUAUUAUAUUGAGCAAAACAAUGAAAACUUGUAUUUGGAAUCAUUCCAAUAUCACAUGGAAAUGUUCCAAGAAAGCAAUAAAAUUCUUAAUGAUAUUAAACUAUUAAUACCACAGGAGAUUAUUCCAAAUGAUAAGACAUCUUUAAUAAAUGAAUCAAUAUCUAAUAGUGAAUUCAUUAAUAAAGAUAAUACAUUGAAAAUUUUAUCAUUCUUGGAAAUAAUUUUAUGUUUUAUUAAACGAGCAUCAAUUGGUAAUGGAGAAAUAUUGAUAGAAGAUUUUAUUUAUCAAUGGACCAAAUUAUCAUCAUUAGCCGAUGACAACAAUGAAUUUAAGAAUAUAUUGGAGAUAGGAUUAAAACUUAAAAAUAUUAUAGGGUUAUAUGAAUUGAUAGAAGAUUAUUAUGCUAAUGGA